AUGAACAACGAUGCUGGUACUCGCGUUGCCUGCGAAAAAAAUCCACCAAAAUGUUUGGGAUUGGCCAUUGUUGGUUGCGGACAAAUUGUGACGCAUCACUUGGAGGCCUUAUCGGCGAAGAUUGGGAGCGAGACAGUGAUAGUACGAGCUUUGUGUGAUCCUUCCGUUGAUCGACGAACGAUAAUACGAGAGUUGCCGUUUGUCAGGGCACACCGGGCUCAUUCUGCAGUAACGGAAAGCAGCAUUGUGGAAUGCAACAGUCUUGAGGAACUCAUCACAAGGCAUCGAGACUUACUUGACGAAAGAAUUGAUAUUAUUUUUAUUGCCGUACCCCACGAUUUGCACGAAUCGUUGGCAAAUCUGGCCGUCCGAGAAACGAAGGCUACAGUUGUUAUGGAAAAACCUUUGGCGCCGACACGAUGCGCCUGUGAGCGACUCGUGCAGCUUUCAUCUAAGAACAAAGGACGUCUUUAUAUUGCCGAACAAUCGCCGUACUGGCAGGAAGUUGUCAAAGCUAAAUUGUUGAUAUCUCAGGGCGCAAUUGGUACUGUGGUUUCUGCGUCAUCCUAUUAUUAUGAAUCAAUGAGAGAUAAUUUAACUAGUGGUAGCGUUGAGGCCACCGGUGGACUUGGAUGGCGCGGCUCGCUUGCCAGAGCUGGCGGCGGUAUUGCUAUGGAUGGAGGCUUACAUUGGCUACGACCGAUUCGAGAGUUGUGUGGAAAUAUUACCAACGUUGUUGGUAUUAUUCGUCCGCAUUUGGCUCCUCAACUGGAAAUGGAAGGCGAAGCACUGGGACACGCCUUGUUGGAAAUUGAUACGCUCAAUCGUCCUUAUUUGCAACAACCAGACGGGUCUGGGCCAUUGACAGCGACGUACAGUUGCAACAUGCUAGCAACCGCACCCAUGGCACACGACAGCUGUCCCUACAUUCGAAUUACAGGGAAUGGAGGUGAGUUGAUAAUUCACGGUACUGGGUUAGCCAAGGCGAAACCGGGUGCGGGUGGGCUUCGGCUAUACAACCCCACCCAUCCUGCGGGCGCUGAACAAUUCCCCAACGAUCGGAUUGGAGGAUUUUUCCUCGGGUUUACUGGAUUGUGGGCAGAGAUUUUUCGGAUCAUGGACCACCAAGACUCCAACGCCGCACACGAAUCAGUAGUUCAAGCGGCCGCCGACGUUCGAGUGGUGCUGGCCUUGUACAGAAGUGCAAGAACUCGGCAAUGGGAGAAGCCAUGA